AUGGCACCAGUUUUUGGUACUUUCUACUUGUCUUUAUUGUUCAUCCUUCUCCUUUUCAGUCAAUUUCUUGAUGCUAUUGACCUCAGCGUCAAGCACCCACCACCAGGGCACCUCAAAGUCCGGCUAGACUACGGUCUGGCGACUCAGCCCAUCCCGGGCGUGACAGAAAGCAGGAGGAGAGAAAGUCAGCACCGAUAUCUCUUUUCCUCCUAUCUCGUCUUUAAUGAACCUGUCGCUUCCAUCACAGAUGGUCAGCUGAGGCAGAUGGCUCAGGUUGCACAUGGAGAGAUGGAAAAGGAUAUGCAACAAUAUAAGCCUACAGUCUUUGCUGACAAGGGGCAAACCAAGCCAACAUACCUUCCUUCGGUUAUGACUAUCGUGGCUUUUGGGAACGAGAUCAUCUUGUCUUCUUCUCAGAAGGGACUAGAUGGAUUUCUUAACCAGUGGCCUCAGAGCCCGGUUAAACUGGCUCUUGAUCGCUGCAGUGCUCUCUGGCGAGACCGCGUUGUCAAUGACCCAGAGAGUAUUGCGGACCCUGCCGCCGGGCAUAAAAACAAGGCCAAAUGUGGCGAAGUCAAUGCAUUCCAUCAGUAUUAUAUGACACACACGACGUCUAUUCCGGAGGUCAAACCAAAAGUCCGUGUUACAACUGUUGUCAAAGGAAGGCAAGGCUACACUAUCUUGCCCCCCUGUGGCACCGAUGAUAACGGAGAAGAUGAAAAGGAGUUCUGGGGAUGUAACUUACUGGUACGCGACCAAGACGUGCAUUAUAUCGGGCAAGAAGAGAAGGCUAUGCCAUUUUCGCUUCGUAAGAUUGCUGGAGGUGUGAAGAAGAAAGGCCAGAUACAGAUGUGUACUAGGAACAAUAUUAUUUGGGAUGAGUAG